AUGUCCCGGGCCAAGCUGAGAAAGCGAGUAACCCCAACCCAGCCGCCCCGCCGCCCACUAACCCAGGAUGGCCUGGUGCAGCUCCUGGAGCCCCAACACAGCCCUCUGCUCCUGGGGGAUUCCCUGGGGGCCCACAGUCUGGUCCAGGGGCCCCGGGGCAGUUCCCUGGAAGCCAAGGACCGUUCUCCUCUGGUCCCGGAGCACCAGGGCAGUAUCCUGGAGCUCCCUCUGCCCCUGGUGGGUUCCCGCCCGGACCAGGGGUACCGGGACAAUACCCAGCCGGGCCCGGAGCACCUGGGCAGUACCCAGCAGGACCCGGAGCACCUGGACAAUACCCAGCAGGACCCGGAGCACCUGGACAGUUCCCUGGGCAGUUCCCCCCUGGUGGAGCCCCCGGUAAUUUCCCUGGAGGCCCCAUGCAGUACCCAUCUGAACCCUUCCAGACUAGCCCUGGAGCACCCCCAGGACCCUACCCCAACGUGGCUUACCCAGGAGCCCAGCCUGGUGGGGGGAUGUAUGGGCCUGGAGGUCCAGGAGCUGCCUUCCCCCCUGCAGGAGGCACAUUCCCUGGGUUCCCUGGCGGGGCCUUCCCCCCAAUCCCCCCUGGAUCAUGGAGUGCUGGGGGUGGUGGAGUUUUCCCUCCCCAGCCCGGCCACCCUGGAUCUUUUGGUCCUGGUCCCAUGGGACCAUACGGGGGACCAGCCGCUCCAGGAGUCAUGUUGGUGAGUAAAUGCAUGAUUUUAAAACACAACACGUUGCUGCUUGCUUGCUUCCUGGUGCACUUCUGUCCUAGUCUUCCCUGCAGCAUCUCUGUACACGUGGUGUGGCUCUUUGGGGGGGGGGGGGGGGGGGGGGUUUCUAGCCUCGUCUGACCAUCCUGAUCUCACGAGCUUACAUUGAAUGCAGUGAUCAAUAUGGUGGAUCAGGCUAGGGAGGUGCUGCAGGGCUGUAAAAAUGGUGCUGAUCUUCCAGAAACUGCAAUAGCAUUAUAUUGGCCUGAGGGGUACGUUUUAGUGUCGCUACUGACCACUCUGGACGUGGUAACUAAUAAUAAUAAUAAUUGAUUGGAUUUAUACGGUGCUUUUCCAGUGCAGUAAUUGGGGUGAAGUACUGUGGUAUCUCUAAAUGUGCACUUUUACAUUAGAGAUGUUGAUAAGACACAAGUUUAGACCUGUUAUUGUAUUAUUCCUGAUCUGAUGAUGAAAUGUAACGUCUGUUUCAGCCGGUGCCGUACGAACUGCCUCUCCAUGCUGGCAUCAUGCCCAGGCUGUUGAUCACCAUAGUAGGGGAACCCAUCGCUGGAGGAGACCGGUAGGUAGUCACACUUCUUCAUUCAUUUAUCCAUCCAUCCAUCCAUCCAUCCAUUCAUUCAUUCAUUCAUUUAUCCAUUCAUUCAUUUAUCCAUUCAUUCAUUCAUUUAUCCAUCCAUCCAUUCAUUUAUCCAUUAAUUCGCCCAUUCAUUCAUUUAUCCAUCCAUCCAUUCAUUUAUACAUCCAUCCAUUCAAAUCAAAUCAAAUCAAAUUUUAUUGGUCACAUGCGCCGAAUACAACAGGUGCAGACAUUACAGUGAAAUGCUUACUUACAGCCCUUAACCAACAGUGCAUUUAUUUUAAACAAAAAAAGUAAGAAUAAAACAACAACAAAAAAAGUGUUGAGAAAAAAAGAGCAGAAGUAAAAUAAAGUGACAGUAGGGAGGCUAUAUAUACAGUAAAAUAAAGUGACAGUAGGGAGGCUAUAUAUACAGGGGGGUACCGUUGCAGAGUCAAUGUGCGGGGGCACCGGCUAGUUGAGGUAGUUGAGGUAAUAUGUACAUGUGGGUAGAGUUAAAGUGACUAUGCAUAAAUACUUAACAGAGUAGCAGCAGCGUAAAAAGGAUGGGGUGGGGGGGCAGUGCAAAUAGUCCGGGUAGCCAUGAUUAGCUGUUCAGGAGUCUUAUGGCUUGGGGGUAGAAGCUGUUGAGAAGUCUUUUGGACCUAGACUUCGCACUCCGGUACCGCUUGCCGUGCGGUAGCAGAGAGAACAGUCUAUGACUAGGGUGGCUGGAGUCUUUGACAAUUUUGAGGGCCUUCCUCUGACACCGCCUGGUAUAGAGGUCCUGAAUGGCAGGGAGCUUUGCCCCAGUGAUGUACUGGGCCGUACGCACUACCCUCUGUAGUGCCUUGCGGUCAGAGGCCAAGCAGUUGCCAUACCAGGCGGUGAUGCAACCAGUCAGGAUGCUCUCGAUGGUGCAGCUGUAGAAUUUUUUGAAUUUUUUUCAUUUAUCCAUUCAUUCGCCCAUCCAUUCAUUCACCCAUUCAUUCAUAUCCCUUAUCUAUAGUCAAAAGCAUGGUCUUUAUGUACACUACCGGUCAAAAGUUUUAGAACACCUACUCAUUCAAGGGUUUUUCUUUAUUUUUACUAUUUUCUACAUUAUAGAAUAAUAGUGCAGACAUCAAAACUAUGAAAUAACACAUAUGGAAUCAUGUAGUAACCAAAAAAGUGUUAAACAAAUCAAAAUAUAUUUUAUAUUUAGAUUCUUCAAAUAGCCACCCUUUGCCUUGAUGACAGCUUUGCACACUCUUGGCAUUCUCUCAACCAGCUUCACCUGGAAUGCUUUUCCAACAGUCUUAAAGGAGUUACCACAUAUGCUGAGCACUUGUUGGCUGCUUUUCCUUCACUCUGCCGUCCGACUCAUCCCAAACCAUCUCAAUUGGGUUGAGGUCGGGGGAUUGUGGAGGCCAGGUCAUCUGAUGCAGCGCUCCAUCACUCUCCUCCUUGGUAAAAUAGCCCUUACACAGCCUGGAGGUGUAGUGGGUCAUUGUCCUGUUGAAAAACAAAUGAUAGUCUCACUAAGCCCAAACCAGAUGGGAUAGCUUAUCGCUGCAGAAUGCUGUGGUAGCCAUGCUGGUUAAGUGUGCCUUGAAUUCUAAGUAAAUCACAGACAGUGUCACCAGCAAAGCACCCCCACACCAUAACACCUCCUCCUCCAUGCUUUACGGUGGGAAAUACACAUGCGGAGAUCAUCCGUUCACCCACACCGCGUCUCACAAAGACACAGAGGUUGGAAUCAAAAAUCUUCAAUUUGGACUCCAGACCAAAGGACACAUUUCCACCAGUCUAAUGUCCAUUGCUCGUGUUUCUUGGACCAAGCAAGUCUCUUCUUCUUCUUAGUGUCCUUUAGUAGUGGUUUCUUUGCAGCAAUUCGACCAUGAAGGCCUGAUUCACACAGUCUCCUCUGAACAGUUGAUGUUGAGAUGUCUGUUACUUGAACUCUGUGAAGCAUUUAUUUGGGCUGCAAUUUCUCAGGCUGGUAAUUCUAAUGAACUGAUCCUCUGCAGCAGAGGUAACUCUGGGUCUUCCUUUCCUGUGGCAGUCCUCAUGAGAGCCAGUUUCAUCAUAGCGCUUGAUGGUUUUUGCGACUGCACUUGAAGAAACUUUCUACGUUCGUGAAAUUUUCCGUAUUGACUGACCUUCAUGUCUUAAAGUAAUGAUGGACUGUCGUUUCUCUUUGCUUAUUUGAGCUGUUCUUGCCAUAAUAUGGACUUGGUCUUUUACCAAAUCGGGCUAUCUUCUGUAUACCACCCCUACCUUGUCACAACACAACUGAUUGGCUCAAACGCAUUAAUAAGGAAAGAAAUUCCACAAAUUAACUUUUAAGAAGGCACACCUGUUAAUUGAAAUGCAUUCCAGGUGACUACCUCAUCAAGCUGGUUGAGAGAAUGCCAAGAGUGUGCAAAGCUGUCAUCAAGGCAAAGGGUGGCUAUUUGAAGAAUCUCAAAUAUAUAAAAUAUAUUUUAACACUUAUUUUGGUUACUACAUCAUUCCAUAGGUGUUAUUUCAUAGUUUUGAUGUCUUCACUAUUAUUCUACAAUGUAGAAAAUAGUAAAAAUAAAGAAAAACCCUUGAAUGAGUAGGUGUUCUAAAACCUUUGACCGGUAGUGUAUAUCCAUUCAUAACCCUUAUAUAUCCAUUCAUAACCCUUAUAUAUCCAUUCAUAACCCUUAUAUAUCCAUUCAUAACCCUUAUCUAAGGUCUUUAUGUAUAUUGGUGAUGAUAAAUGAAACAAAGUUUGUUUUUAUUUCAGGUUCCAUGUUGAUUUUCUAAAAGAGGAGGAUGAGGAGGAGGAUGAAGAGGUUGUGUUCCACCUCAACCCUCGUUUCUAUGAACACCAGGUUGUCCGUAACUCCCACCUGGAUGGUGGUUGGGGUCCAGAGGAGAGGGAUGGAGGCUUUCCAUUCGUUCAAGGACGACGUUUUGAGGUACAGUGUUGAGCAGGGUUGGGGUUCCCUGGUGUUUUGAGGUACAGUAUUGAGCAGGGUUGGGGUCCCCUGGUGUUUUGAGGUACAGUAUUGAGCAUGGUUGGGGUCCCCUGGUGUUUUGAGGUACAGUGUUGAGCAGGGUUGGGGUCCCCUGGUGUUUUUAGGUACAGUAUUGAGCAGGGUUGGGGUCCCCUGGUGUUUUGAGGUACAGUAUUGAGCAGGGUUGGGGUCCCCUGGUGUUUUUAGGUACAGUAUUGAGCAGGGUUGGGGUCCCCUGGUAUUGUGUAAUAUGUGGGUAGAGAAUAUCAGAACUAAUGAAAAGAAAUAGAGAUAUUACUUAUAAAAAUGAUGUACUGUGACCUCAACUAUAGAUAAUCAAUUACCGGUACUGUAAAUUAUAUUAAUGACAAUCUGUAUUACCUUUUUCAGACAAAGAUCAGUAACUAUUAAAGAUUGCACCUUUUUAAGCUCUUUAUUAUUAUUUUUUUUAACACUAUUUAGUUGCUGAGUUGUUGUUCUGACUGUCCCCCUGCAGCUGAAGAUCCUAGUGGAAGAGGACUCAUUUAAAGUAGCUGUGGAUGGGAACCAUUGUCUGGAGUAUGAGCACAGAGCCGGAGGGUUCGAGGACGUCACCCUGCUACGUGUGGUGGGGGAUGUCACUCUCUACAGCGUGGCCCCUAGCAUGAUCUAACACUCGAGAGAGAGAGAGAGAGAUACCACGGUUUGAGAGUCCCAAAUGGCACCCUAUUCCCUAUGUAGUGCACUACUUUUAGACCAGAGCCCAUAAAGCACCCUAUUCCCUAUGUGGGCCCUGGUCAAUAGUAGUGCACUACAUAGGGAAUAGGGUGCCAUGUAGGACGUGGUACAGUUCACUUCACCUGACUGACACUGGCUAAUGAUCUGGAUUGGGGGGGAGUGCAGCUCAUAUACCUCUUUCCACACUAUCGUGCUGACCCAAACCAAACUGUGCUAUCUCGGAUAGUUACUUUUCACAUUGUCCUUUUCAGCGUGGUUCCAGCAACUAUGGUGGAUGGGUAACCAGGCCAGCUCAGUACAGCUUGGUUUGGCUCGGUUUAGCUCAGUAGUAUGAAAAGCACUACACAGCAUGUCCUAUAGGCUAAUAGGUAAAUAGGUUGUCUUUUAUUUUUCAUAAACGGAUCUAAUUCUGGGCACAGUCAAAUGACUGUGUCACGUGUCGUGGUGAUAAUCUAUACAAAUGAGGGCAAGGAACUAGGCCACGUAACAGUAUCAGAGAUGGAAAUAUUUGCUUUUUAACUGCAGUUCUAGGGAAAGUAACCAUAUUUAUUCUGCACGAAAUGUCUAGGGCAAAGAGGGCGUGUCCUUAGCAUUUCACAAUGCUGUCAUGAUGGCAGCAAAGUAGGCUGCAUUUUGUUUGUAUGUCUGUUUACUGUCUAUAAUUACAGAUGAGCCUUUCAGCGUUACGAUGCAUGUUGUGUGUAACCAGUGGACUGAACAGCCGUGUGGCUUUUUGCUUUGAACCACUUUAUUUUAUUGCAAGGCUGAAUGGACUUAGACUAGAAUACAGAGGGAUUGAAGAGGGCCUCUGUGUACUGUAGGCUGGCCUAGUGUUCAUUUAGCUAGAUCUUGCUCAUAUGUCAUAACAAAUGUGUUUGACAUUUUUCAGUAUUAAUCCUCCAGGUCUCGCUGACUCCAAGGUUCAUAUGUUAUUAAGAAGUCAAAAUCUACAGCAAAAAAAUGAAAUGUAACUAGUAGCUAAAUCAAUGUAUAACUUUGUAGAUGUUACCAAAGACUUAAGGAUUAUUUUCAAAUGGAAAUUUUUUGUCAAUAAAGAAUAAAGAGAGCGGAUACAUUUUAUGACUGGUUAUCUGUAGCUCAGCUGGUAGAGCACGGCGCUUGUAACGCCAAGGUAGUGGGUUCGAUCCCCGGGACCACCCCAUACACAAAAAAAUAAAUAAAUGUAUGCACGCAUGACUGUAAGUCGCUUUGGAUAAAAGCGUCUGCUAAAUGGCAUAUUAUUAUUAAUUAUUAUUAUUAUCAAUGGUUUGUUCUACGGCAGUGGUUCUCAGCAGUCACACAUUGCUCUGCCCAAAGUACCUGCUCAUGUGCAACUGCCUGAUUGGCUGUAAGGUGAAGUUGCCCCUGCCUAGACGCUGAUCCUGGGUCCGUUUGCAUUUUGACCCACUGAUGGAUUAGGGGGGCGGGGAAGCUGAUCCUGGAUUAGGGGGGCGGGGAAGCUGAUCCUGGAUUAGGGGGGUGUGGAAGUCUGAUCCUGGAUUAGGGGGGCGGGGAAGCUGAUCCUGGAUUAGGGGGGCGGGGAAGCUGAUCCUGGAUUAGGGGGGCGGGGAAGCUGAUCCUGGAUUAGGGGGGCGGGGAAGCUGAUCCUGGAUUAGGGGGGCGGGGAAGCUGAUCCUGGAUUAGGGGGGCGGGGAAGCUGAUCCUGGAUUAGGGGGGGGCGGGGAAGCUGAUCCUGGAUUAGGGGGGAGGGGAGCUGAUCCUGGAUUAGGGGGGCGGGGAAGCUGAUUCCGGGAUUAGGGGGCGGGGAAGCUGAUCCUGGAUUAGGGGGGAGGGGAAGCUGAUCCUGGAUAGGGGGGCGGGGAAGCUGAUCCUGGAUUAGGGGGGCGGGGGAAGCUGAUCCUGGAUUGGAGGGGGGCUGGGGAGCUGAUCCUGGAUUAGGGGGGCGGGGAAGCUGAUCCUGGAUUAGGGGGGGAGGGGAAGCUGAUCCUGGAUUAGGGGGGGUGGGGAAGCUGAUCCUGGAUUAGGGGGGCGGGGAAGCGGAUUCUGGAUUAGGGGGGAGGGCUGAUCCUGAAUUAGGGGGGGUGGGGAAGCGGAUCCUGGAUUUAGGGGGGGCGGGAAGCUGAUCCUGGAGGUUAGGGGGGCGGGAGGAGGGGGGAAGAGCUGAUCCUGGAUUAGGGGUGGCGGGGAAGCUGAUCCUGGAUUAGGGGGGCGGGGAAGAUGAUCCUGGAUUAGGGGGGGUGUGGAAGCUGAUCCUGGAUUAGGGGGGCGGGGAAGCUGAUCCUGGAUUAGGGGGCGGGGAAAGCUGAUUCCUGGAUUAGGGGGGCGGGGAAGCUGAUCCUGGAUUAGGGGGGUGGGGAAGCUUGAUCCUGGAUUAGGGGGGUGGGGAAGGAAGCUGAUCCUGGAUUGGGGGGAAGGGGAAGCUGAUCCUGGAUUAGGGGGGCGGGGAAGCUGAUCCUGGAUUAGGGGGGCGGGGAAGCUGAUCCUGGAUUAGGGGGGCGGGGGAAGCUUAUCCUGAUAGGGGGGGCGGGAAGCUGAUCCUGGGAUUAGGGGGGCGGGGAAGCUGAUCCUGUUGAUCUGUACAGAGGGGAAACUUCACCCCCAGAGCGCUGAUCAUUAUGUCUGCCGAUUAUGUUCUUAUGAGCAUUUAUUAAUAAGCAAUACCCCCCUGUGGAUAGGCCAUGGGUGUAGUCAUUAGUCCAAGACGUUUUGCAAUGGAAAUCGUUAAACUCCAAAUGGAAAACGUUUUGCAAUGAAAACGAGAGUUUCUAUUGAACAAAUUCAGGUAGGUCCCUCCCCGUUUUGUCCAUUUUUGGUUCUGCUUGGUUCCUAGUGAAUACACCCGCGGGGGGGGGGGGUAGGGGGUACUAAGUACCCCAGGUUGAGAACCACUGGUUUGCAGAAGCUGUUUUUCAUUUUCUUAGGAGUGGUGGCUACAUAACUCACUUGUAAGCUUCACUCGCAUUGCACUUUUGGAAACCUCUUGUUGCUUAUUUGCAGUUGAACGAUAUAAACAUUUCUGGGUGGUUCAGUCGAAGGUCAUGAUGAGUAGAGCAGUAGAUUGAGGAACAUUCUGGGAAGUGGAGUUGUAGUCCAUCAGAGGGCAGCAAACGGCAGGAGGAGGCAGGCAGCAGAGACAGAACUCCUGCAUGAGUUCACCUUCACAUUUAUACACUACCCCCAAAAACAACUAUUUAGCUUGUCCUCCGGAUUACUUACACCAUGAACGGGUCAGCAAAGUAUACUGCGCCUACCGUGCUGGAUAUACAGUUGAAAAGAGGACCACAAGGUAAGAAAAUAGCUUUCAGUCCAACUCCCGAAAGCUAGCUAGCUUGCAAACUAAUGGCCUGGCUAGCAAGAUGGCUAGUUAGCUAACUGUUGCCGAUAAGCUGUUGCUAGCUAGCUCCGCUGGCUGUCUUUAUUCAACUAUUGCCAACUUGGUAGCUAAUCUGGUUAUUGCAAAUAGGCUCCAACUUGAACGCCACCGAUAUUGAAUUUUCCACCUCUAGUUACUGAGCCAAAUGAGAAUCGAGCUAGCAACUAGCUAGCUAACUGAUAGCCACUACUCAUUCAUUUUGUCGCAAUAGCAUUUCUCAGCUAAUCAGAAGUGACAAUCAAAUCAGAUCCCUGUAAAAUAGUGUUAGCUACUACUCCUACCAACAAUAUUUUAGUCAGAUUUUAGUUGUCAAAUCUGAAAUGUGUGUGCUUGAAACUGCAAGUCUUUGUCUCAGAACCAUUUGUUCUCUCAAGUUCUAGCUAGUCACUUCCAGUGAAUACCCUUAUGGUGAUGUUGCCUCCAUAUCUCCCAAGAGUUGAGUUAAAUUAGUUAUUAUGCAAUGUUAUUUUAUGACAUGACAAGAAGGCUGACUGCAUGGAAGGGCAUUAUAUUAUAUUAUUGUACCUUGUCCCACAUAGAUAACAACAUUUCUAAUCAGCAGACUUCUCCUUCAGUCCACCUGUCUCCAACAUAUAAUACUUGGCUGCACUACCAUAGUUACAUAGCCUUCCCCAUAGAAUUAGAACACUUUAUAUUUCUCUAUGGCCUUUCCCUCUUUGAGAAUCCAGACAGUAAAUCCGUAGGUUGUUUCACUUUCACUUGCUGUACCUUCUCUCUGCCUCUCUCUUUACUCUCUCUUUCUCCCCCUACCCUCUCUCGCUCACUGCCCCUCUCUCCCCCCCCUCCCCCUCCCCUCUCUCUCUAUCUCACACUGCCCCCCUCCCCCUCCGUACUACUAUGGCUGACCCUGUAAAACAACACAUUUCACUGCACCUAUCCGGUGUACGUGACAAUAAAACCUCUCUCCCCCUCCCUCCCUCCCUUCCAGGUCUGGGGUUUAACAUAGUAGGAGGUCUGGAUCAGCAGUAUGUGCUGAAUGACAGUGGGAUCUACGUGGCUAAAAUCAAAGAGAAUGGAGCGGCAGCGCUGGAUGGAAGAUUACAAGAGGGAGACAAGAUAUUGACGGUAAAGAUAAAGAUGGACUUUCCAAUUUUUUUGAGUUUGGGAAGCAGGUAACCUCGUCCCCACUAGCUCAAUUGCUAGAGAACCGACAGGUGGACUAGAUUGGGGAGCAGAGGGGUAAGAAGGGGGAAUGUGAUGUUUCAAUCGAUAAAUCAAUCAAUUAGUCUAUCUGGGAAAUGUGUGUUAUGCUUGAGGUUUUAGCCAUCAACUGCAGAAGACUCCAGCCUUCUCUCUGGAAGGGAGAUCCUAAAUUCACUUCUCAUGGUACUGUCCACUUUAGACCUAGUACUUGAUCAUACGACAUUGCUAUGUAUUAAGCUCUGUUUGUGUUAUGUAGAUAAAUGGCCAAAAGCUGGAGAACCUGUCACACAGUGCUGCAGUGGAGCUCUUCAGAUCAGCAGGAGAGGACGUGCAGCUUCGCGUGCAGCAGAGGGUGAGUGGGACGUCCACAGGCUCUUCUCAAUCAAACAACAUCUUAGGCAGGGUGGCGGUCCGUGUUCAUUAGGGAAAUUCUUUAAGCAAAGCGUUUUGCAACUGAAAACAAAAAAUUAGCAUUUUCAGAUAGUACCUACCUUCCCGUUUCACAUUUCAUGCCUAUUGUACACGCUCGGAUAUGUUGUAACAUGUUGUUUUGUUGCCACUGAUGAAGUGUCUCUCUGUCCCAACAGCCCACCAUAGCUAUGAAUGGUCCCACCAGCUCCGGGCCUGAUGGGGACUCUUCUGUCUCCUCCUUGGGAAUACUGGUGGCUGUCCUGGGAGCUGCUGCAGCCAUUACCUUCCUCUACAUGCGCUUCCAGCCACAACUGAGGAGGCACUUUUAAACCUAUGUAACUUUCUCCUCAAGGCAUUUUUAAGAGCAAAACCUGGGACUGAAAACUUUGCUGAAGGCCAACC